CUGCCGUCCAGGAGGAUGGAGGCCUUCAACCAAUCUUCCCCGUUCAACUUCUCCCUCCCGCACAACUUCGGCAAGCGGCCCACCGACCGGGCGCUGAGUGUCAUUCUGGUGAUCAUGCUGUUAACCAUCAUGCUCUCGCUGGGUUGCACCAUGGAGUUCAGUAAGAUCAAGGCGCACUUCUGGAGGCCCAAGGGCCUGGCCGUCGCUCUGGUGGCACAGUUUGGCAUCAUGCCCCUCACUGCCUUUGGACUGGGCAAGUUCUUCCAGCUGAAUAACGUCGAGGCCCUAGCCAUCCUGAUCUGCGGCUGCUCGCCGGGGGGGAACCUCUCCAACAUCUUCACCCUGGCCAUCAAGGGGGACAUGAACCUGAGCAUCGUGAUGACCACCUGCUCCACCUUCUUUGCCCUGGGCAUGAUGCCCCUCCUCCUGUACCUUUACUCCAGGGGCAUCUAUGAUGGGUCCCUGAAGGACAAGGUGCCCUACGGCGGCAUCAUGAUAUCACUGAUCCUGAUUCUCAUCCCUUGCACCAUAGGCAUCAUCCUCAAAUCCAAACGGCCACAAUACGUACGCUAUGUCACCAAGGGAGGGAUCAUCCUCCUGCUUUUGUGCAGUGUGGCUGUUGUAGUGCUCUCCGCCCUCAACGUGGGCAAGAGCAUCUUGUUUGUCAUGACACCACACUUGCUGGCCACCUCCUCCCUGAUGCCUUUCAUCGGCUUCCUGCUAGGCUACCUUCUCUCUGCUCUUUUUUGCCUCAAUGGACGAUGCAAACGCACAGUCAGCAUGGAGACUGGAUGCCAAAAUAUUCAACUCUGCUCCACCAUCCUCAAUGUGACCUUCCCCCCUGAAGUCAUCGGACCACUUUUCUUCUUUCCUCUCCUGUAUAUGAUUUUCCAGAUUGGAGAAGGGCUUCUCCUUAUUGCCAUCUUUAGGUGCUAUAAGAAAUUCAAGACUCCCAGAGAUGACACAAAAAUGACCUACAAAGUUGAUGCAACUGAAGAAACCCUCCCAACAGCUCUGGGAAAUGGCACUUACAAAGGGGAGGAGUGUGAUGUUGGGUUUACUUCCGGCUUCCCCAAAGAGAUGGAUUCUGGUCAGAAGGCAAUUGAGCAACUCAACAUGGCAAACUGAAGAGAGAGCAGAAAGAGGAUCCACCUGUGGUGUGAUUAGUCUCUCUCCAGCAUUUCCAGCAUAAACUAUUAGUCUCUCUCCAGCAUUUCCAGCAUAAACUAUCAGAAUCAUUAAGCCUUGCAUGGAGAACAAAGUGGGAGUCUACCCCACAAGGCUUACCUGUCCUCAGGACUUGAUACCUGUUUUAAAAAAUCAAAGACUUAUUCAAGGACAGCCCUAUAAAGGCAGGCACCAAAACUGCCUUUGCAUCCCUAGAACAGUGCCUAAUAGGCAUAUAAAAGCAAUUUCUGAGCUGGUCAAUAAAUGGGCUUUCACCCUAAAAUCAAA